AUGAUUCGAGUCAAACCCGACUUGACAACAAACCCAACGACAUCCACGGUGGCUUCGCCGGCUUCUACGGAUGGCACAUAUGCGUUGGUGGAGGAGAUGUUGAAGUUGCGGGGAUCUGUUGCUAAUGAUGUGGUUAUCGAUGUUGAGGUUGAUGGUGUAACGACGUCGUUACGAAAACCGUGUGCAUCUCCUCGCAAAUGCUUCGAUCUUGCCAUGUUAGCGAAGGCAAAUAAAAUGGGAAGGCAAUAUGACGUGGCAAGAUUAGAGAGGAUGCUUGGACAACAUUGUUGUUACUUGCACUUUCUACUUGGACGACGAGAUGGAGGAGGUCGAGAUGUUGGUGAAUUUAGUGCUCGUUUAAUUUUUGUGGUACUAAAUGCCUAA